AUGAAGACUUUCUCGACUAUGAGCUUCAUCAUGGGUACAACGAUGCUCGCGAUAGUAGACCGAACUGUCACGGCCUCUAGCUGCAAAGUCGCUACUGACUCCCCUGGCACCCACGGUACCACCGAAACAACACCUACUGGACCGACUUCGAAAUCGUUCCAAACGGUGACAUCGCUACAGGCCCGUGUCCAGGGUGAUAUGCCCCAGUGGAACGCUGACAAUCAACGAUUCGUGUCAGAAUACUAUACUACUUUUGACGAGCAAUACCGCGCCGUACUCGACACCGUCAACAUGGCAGCCGUCGAAGGUGCUCUCAAGUACGUACAGGCCGAAUGUAUCAACGCGUCUGUAGUGACUGAAUGCGAGCGCAAGAACAACAUCCAGUACGUUGUUUUCUACCAGACGACAAUCGUACAGCCCGCUGCGGCAAUGGAAUAUUACACCAACGCCACGAAUGAAUACGACUUCGCUAUCGAAUAUUGUCCGUACGUGCCCAUGCAAGGCGGUCAAUGUGAACCGAAUCCUGACGGCACAAUCCCGGAUGUUUGCAACCAGUAUGCUGGAACCGAUGGUCAACCCAAGUUAGGCUUCUGCGUGGGCGGGUCACUGCAAGAUAACGAAGUUAUUGCGCCGUAUCCUCAUAACUACUGGUUCUCCUUUCCCAACAGCUGCCCUCAGGAGCUCUGGGACGACAAGACGGAUGCUUGUCGCGAGGAAUACGCGGGUGGCUUGUGCCCUCUAGGUGUGGAACCCGAUGGUGAGACUUGUACCUUUGCGUACGAGGUACUGGGAUACAUCCCGCUGGACGAUGUUGUAGGCAUCACGUCGAUGGUUAACCCUCAAACGAACAACAACUACGCCAACUACACCGAGUUCUGUGAAGCUGGAGGUGUAGAAUUCAGCGUCUUGAUCGCAGAAGGUGAGGUCACGUGGUUAGAAGGGCUUGACUUCUGGGCCAACCCAGGCGAUAGUGCCGCUAAUGCUGGACGCGCCGAAGAGCUAGUGACUAUGUACAAUGAGCUCGUCGAGAAAAACCCUGUGACGACUGACGGUGGACUGAUGAGGCGGUUACCGACGGCGACUUCCCUUGCGGCCAUCAACCCACCAUGCUACGGGAACAGCAAAGUCUGUGCUAACGCAGAGUUCGGGUGCAAGCGGUCGUAUCGCUCACAGAUUUGUGAGGUUUGUAUGUCCAACGAUUCGGGCUGCGUGAAAUCGUAUCAGAGCGACUAAGUUUACUGGAUUUUGGUCUAGAGUUUACCUAGUCAUUUAUUUCUUUAAAUAUUCCUGG